AUCAGCGGCGUCAGUUUACGGCGUUGGCAGGCGGGUUCCUGAGGUUACAGGGGCAACGAGAUCUUCGCGGAACAGCCGGGCUCGUGGAUCCAAUGAGAUCACGCCGCGUCCCGGGCCCUAUGGCGAGAACGAGCCGGCGAUCUCAGGCGACGAACUGAGCCGUUCAGCAGCACGUUGGGAGGAUGCACUGAGGGACACUCAGACAAUAGUUCUCACUUUCCAAAACAGACCCUCCAAAACAACAGCUGAUUAUCUAAAUUUCUCGUCAUUGUACACUGACUGUGUGUAGAUUAUUCGCUUGCCUCUUCCAGCAGAAUAAGCACUAAGUAGGUAGUGACCAUGAAGAGCAAGCUGACUUUUAUAGCUUUUUACUGCCUUGUCCUUGCCCUGCUGCCUUCCCAAACAGCAUCUGUAGCAGUAAUGUCGGUUGACUUGGGCAGCGAGUGGAUGAAAAUGGCUAUAGUUAAGCCAGGUGUGCCCAUGGAGAUUGUUCUGAACAAGGAAUCGAGGAGGAAAACUCCAGUGGCCGUGUGUUUAAAGGAAAAUGAGCGCUUGUUUGGGGACGGAGCCUUGGGAGUUUCAGUGAAGAACCCGAAAGUGGUGUACAGGUACCUGCAAGACCUGCUGGGGAAACGGUAUGAUAACCCACAAGUGGAUCUGUAUCGGAAACGCUUUCCUGAGCACCAGCUCGAAAGAGACGAGAGCCGUGGCACAGUUCUCUUCAAGUUCUCGGAUGAUAUGCAGUAUUCGCCAGAGGAGAUCCUGGGCAUGGUUUUGAACUAUUCCCGUGGUUUAGCACAGGACUUCGCAGAGCAGCCCAUCAAAGAUGCUGUUAUCACAGUUCCAGCCUUCUUCAAUCAGGCAGAGCGAAGGGCAGUUCUCCAGGGUGCCCAGAUGGCAGGCUUGAAGGUCCUCCAACUUAUUAAUGGCAAUACAGCUGUGGCUUUGAACUACGGGGUCUUCAGGAGGAAAGACAUCAACAGCACAGCCCAGAAUGUGAUGUUCUAUGACAUGGGCUCUGGCAGCACAGUGGCCACUAUUGUCACCUACCAAAUGGUGAAAACCAAGGAUUCUGGAACACAGCCACAACUGCAGAUCCAGGGAGUUGGGUUUGACCGUACACUGGGAGGUUUUGAGAUGGAGCUCCGGCUGCGGAAUCAUCUGGCCAAACUCUUCAAUGAGCAGAAGAAGACCAAGAAGGAUGUGCGGGAGAAUCCGCGGGCCAUGGCCAAGCUCCUGAAGGAGGCACAGAGACUGAAGGUGGUUCUCAGUGCCAAUGUAGAGCACACGGCUCAGGUUGAAGGUCUUCUGGAUGACAUUGACUUCAGAGCAAAGGUGAUGCGGUCUGAAUUUGAGGAGCUCUGUGCAGAUCUUUUCAAGAGGGUUCCUGGACCUGUGCAAGAAGCCCUGAAUUCAGCAGAGAUGUCCAUGGAGGAAAUCGAGCAGGUCAUUCUGGUAGGCGGAGCAACGCGAGUCCCGAAAGUGCAGGAGAUUCUGCUGAAAGCUGUUGGGAAGGAGGAACUGGCGAAGAAUAUCAAUGCCGAUGAAGCAGCGGCCAUGGGGGCUGUGUACCAGGCUGCAGCACUUAGCAAGGCUUUCAAGGUCAAGCCUUUCCUGGUGCGAGAUGCCGCUGUGUUCCCCAUACAGGUGGAGUUCACUCGAGAAACUGAGGAGGAUGAAGGGGUGAAGACCCUCAAACACAACAAGCGUGUACUUUUUCAGAGGAUGGCUCCAUACCCCCAGCGCAAGGUCAUCACUUUCAACCGUUACACAGAUGACUUUACCUUCUAUGUCAACUAUGGCGACCUUAGUUUCCUCAGUGCUGAGGACCUCAGGGCAUUUGGUUCUCUAAACCUGACCACAGUCAAGUUGACAGGGGUGGGCAAGAGUUUUAAGAAGCAUGAAGAUGCAGAGUCAAAGGGCAUCAAGGCUCACUUCAACAUGGAUGAAAGUGGAGUGUUGUUGCUGGACAGGGUUAGUCCCUCAUUGAAAUGUCACUCACUCAUCCUUAAAUAUUUUUUAAUAUCUUCUACUGACAGCUUAUUUAAUAAGAUUUAUGCAUCCCUUCAGGUGGAGUCAGUUUUUGAGACCAUAGUGGAAGAGAAAGAAGAAGAAUCAACAUUAACAAAACUUGGAAACACCAUCUCAAGCCUUUUUGGAGGCGGGAGUUCAGAACCAAGCACUAAUAUAACAGAGCCUGUUCAGGAUGAGGAGGAAGUCCCUCCUGAGUCUGGAAAAGAGGAGGAAGGAAAGGCUCAAGGAGAGAAACCAUCACAUGAGAAGCAAGAUGCUGAGGAGAAAAUGCCAGAAUCUCAGAGUGAAGAAAAGGAGAAGGCAGAAAAUGAGAAAGCAGACAGUGGCUCAGAUUCUCAGACUGAAAAGCAAGAACCCGUAGGUGAAGAAAAGUCUGAGGAAAAGAAGCCAAGUGAUGAAGAAGUGAAGCCGGAGGACAAAGACAAGAAGGGCAAACCCCAGAAGAAAACCAAGAUUUCUGAAGAGAUUGAAGUGGAGCUAGAAAUUAAUGACAUUCUCAACCCAACUGCAGAGCAGAUUGAUUCUUCCAAGAAAAAGCUGCAGGAUCUUACUGAUCGGGAUCUGGAGAAGCAAGAGCGGGAGAAGUCCCUUAACAGUCUGGAAGCAUUCAUCUUUGAGACUCAGGAUAAGAUGUACCAGGAUGAGUACCAAAUGGUGCUGUCAGAAGAUGAGAAGGAGGAGAUUUCCACCAAGCUGAGUGAAGCAUCCAGCUGGAUGGAUGAUGAGGGGUACACAGCAGGAACAAAGGAGCUGAAGGAGAAGCUCUUGGAGUUGAAGAAGCUGUGCAAGUCCAUGUUCUUCAAGGUGGAGGAGCGCAAAAAGUGGCCUGACCGAUUGGCAGCACUUGACAGUAUGCUGAACCACUCCAGCUUUUUUCUUAGGAGUGCCAAACUCAUUCCAGAGGAUGACCAGAUCUUUACAGACGUGGAGUUGAAGACUCUGGAAAAAGUCAUCAAUGAGACUAUUACCUGGAAGAAUGAGACGGUGGCCGAGCAGGAAAAGCGCUCUCCCACUGAGAGGCCUGUCCUGUUGUCCAAAGACAUUGAGGCCAAACUGGCACUUCUUGAUCGUGAGGUCAACUACUUGCUCAACAAGGCCAAGUUUGCUAAACCAAAGGUCAAGGCCAAAGCAAAGAACAGCACCAGCACAGAAAAUGGCAAAGCCAAUAGCACAGAGGCAGAUUCUGAGAAAGUGGUCCCACCCAUAGAUGAACCAGCUGCUGAGAAAGCUACAGUUCCAGGAGAGGUGGAACCAGGUGAAAAGCCACCCAUAGAAGAAAGCACGGAGACGGGGACUAAUGCCGAUCACCAAGAGCCUUCAGAAGGAGCAGCAAAUACAGAUUCAGCAGCAAACAAUCAAGAAAACCAUAUAGGAGAUGAAUUAUAACAACUGGAACUCUGAAAUAUUUCAUUGUAUUUAUUGACAAUGUUUAAUUUUGAGUUACAUUUGUUUUGCUCCCCUCUAACUUGAACCAAGAUGUAUAAUUGGAUCAUCAGACCUUGAGUUGUACUUUUUUGUGGGUUUAUGGGGUUUUCCUUUCUUGUCAUUAUUCCUUCCAUCACUUCCAGUCAGAACUUGUAGACCUGUGAAAAUUGUAGUGAUUCUGGGACCCUUUUUUUUCUUCAAAUCAAAAGGCUUGAUUUUGUUGUCGUUGGUUUAGUUUCCUGCAUUGUUUUUCAGUACAUAUUCUUUAUAAUGAUCAUGCCCUCUAAGCAUUGCUGUCUUGUACUGUAGACACAGUCAUACUUAUCAAAGUACUGCAAGUGUUUUAGCUGAUGUCCAUAUUUGUCUGGAGGGUUCUGUUAAAUUUUUGGUCUUGGUUAGUUCUUUUCCUCCUCCCAAUAAUUUGUUUUCAUUUCAAGAGUUUGCAAUUGGAUGAGUUCACUUCCUGUACCUCAAACAGUUUCAGAUUUUUCAUCUGUUCCAGUUAAAAAUGUAUUACUUGGAAGCAACUGAAUAAGACCAGAUUUAGGGUUUUGUCUUUUUUGGGGGUGUUGCUGAAUAAUUCCCAACUUUUUGCCUUUGAGUUGAUGUAAAUGUAUCUGUUGGAUUAUAAAUAAGGGAUGCUCCAUUUUGCCACAGCACUUCAAUGGCCACACAGCUCAUUUAGUCUAAAAUCUAAUACUGUAUAGUUAUUAUCCUGGCCUGGUAGAAUCCUAUCUUAGAUUUCUUGGACUUUAAAAUGUAUAGAUGCCCCUGCCUUGUGUUCCUUCAGUUCAAAAAUGGAUAAAUUGUGAAAAGAUCCUAAGUUUUUUUUUGUUUUGUUAAAUGCAGUUCAGAAUGUAUUGCAUGACUAAACAUAGUUGGUAUGUUCCUUUUUCUGCAGUGCUGUGUACAUAUUGAAACUGAAUGUGCAGUUUAGGGUUGACUGUGGUACACUGUACAAAUCCCAGAAUGGUAUUGGCGCUGCCUGAGUGCACUGACUUAGGAAGAUGGUCUCCCUUCUCCCAUGUUCCAUGUGCUGCUGCCAGAAAGGAAUUCAGAGCUCCUGCAAUUUGCAUCAGUGCAGUCUGGAAAUAAUAAAAAUGGAAAUACGGUUUGACUGUGGGAUGGGAAAGAGGUUAUCAAUCGAUUUGUUAUGAAAAUGUUAAUAAAGAAUUUUUUUUUUUUAAAGUGGCUCCGCAAUUGACAUGGCCAGGAAAAACCUGUUUUCUGUACCCCGAUGGACUAGGUUUCUGCAAUGGCAAUGAGAUGGUUUUCUGAUAUUUGCCAAUUUUUUUAAAAAAAAAAAAAAAAAAAACCCUAUUCGGGCAACGUUUGAGAAGGGUUGGGUCCUCUCUGAUCCUGGAGGCCCAGAAUGUGCUCAUUUUAGUAAAGCCCCCAACAAUUUUAAGCAUGUUGGGGGAGUGCUAAUUUUCUUAAUGUGACUAGCUUUUGCGUUCUCCAUACCGAAGUUGCAGGUUAAGCAGAGAGAAGAAAAAUGCGUACACCCGUUGCGUUGCCUUAGCAACCAGAGAAACAACUCAUUUUAAAUAAUUGCAGCUAGGCUUUAGUUUCUAACCGUUCCUACAUCAGUUGACUGCUGCACAGCUGAAAUCAGAAUGAAUACAACUAUUGACUAGGAUGUUUCUCUUUUUGGUUCCUUAAAUUAAAACAUUUUAUUUUCCACAAAUCCCAUGUCCAUGUGUAUUCUGAAACACCACUUAAAAAUGAAGAUAUUAAUGGAAGCAUACUGUAUAUUGUAUUUGCCAUUUCAAAGGCAGCACUGAAAAUAACAGCGGUAAAGCCCCAAUCCACAGAAGCACGUUGCAGUCUCUAAUGUAUUACUGCUAAUCUUGGAAAUCUUGGACAGUAUUUAAAAUAAAUUGUUUUCCAUUAUAGGGUGCAGGUGAAGAGAUGUACGUAGCAUCUAGUUCCGACAGUACUUUUGAGACAAUGUAUGCCUUCAAGCAGAAUAAUAAAUGCUUCCUAUCAUGCAGUGGUA